AUGGGCAGUUGUUCCAUAUGGAAGGCCAUGAAAUCUUGGCGAGGGGAGCACGGCACAUCUGAAUCCUCCGUCAGGUUUCUCCUGGCCACCUGUUUGGUGGCUGCACUGCUGUGGGAGGCAGGCGCAGCUCCAGCACACCAGGUCCCUGUCAUCAAGACCAAAGGCAAACAGGUGUUCCCUGAACAGGAAACAGAGAAGGCUUGGGGUAUCAGAGCCAUAGAGCCUCUUGAAAAGGACAACCAGCUGGGGCCACUGCUUCCUGAACCCAAGCAGAAGCUUGCAGCUGCCGAGGAAAAGCGUCCAGAUGCCAUGACCUGGGUGGAGACUGAGGACAUCCUGAGCCGUCUUCGCAAUCCUCUUCAGGGUCCAGAACCGGAUCUUGACAGCAUAGACCAUCCAACAUCUGACGAUGUCCAGGAUGAAGAAGUGUCCCAGUCACGGCCCAUCCUGUAUCGUCAGGUGCUGCAGGGACCAGAGGAGGACCUUGACCACAUCGCCCACUCUUUGGAGGAUUCUUAAGAGCCCUAACCACUCUUCCACUCCUGUCCCAAGGUCUAGGCUGCUGUGACCACUGACUAUCCCCAACUAGUAAAAAAAAAUAAA